UUAUUGUUUUAGUAAUAAUCGCACAGUGACACGGACAGGUAUUGAGGAACAUGCAUUUCAUUAAUAUUGUCUUUAAAAAACAGGUUUUGACGUGCAUCUGUUAAUAACCGCUUGGCCUUUUGGUCUGUACCAGCUUUAUCGCGAUUAAUGCACGUCUAGCUGGAAACAGCGAAAUUAAUGCGAACAGUCCCCGUGUGCCUUAAAUCAACAAGUUGAGCUCAGAAUAAAUUGUAAUAUGCUGAUUUUUAACUGCAUUGAGGAUAUAAAGAUUUGAGUUCAUUUAUGCGUGACAAGUUUAGUUAGCACACAAAUGCACGUUUUUUUGUUAACCUUAGUUAUUCGCAGUUGGCUGUAGUAAUGCUUCCAUGCAACGGCGUUUCGAGGAUCAAAUUAAACAGGGAUUCGUUUAAGCAAAAUAACAAAUUAGAACCAAAUAAACGGCGAUGGACUGGACCUAAAACUGUGUCUGGUUUAAAUCCACUUGCCGAUCGUGGCAUACAGGUAAAAGGCCAAGACAGCUCUCCAGCUCCGGAGGCAGCAGAUUUCGUUUCCUCAGAGCGAAACGCCCAGGAAAUCUGCGUCACUGCCACUGCCGACCCCGUACCACCGUCCAAUUUUGACGGGCAGGCGAGCUCCAAACAAGACGCUCAUGCUGAACAUGACUGCCGAGGGCGUUAUAAUCAAGGUACUUUCCCAUCCAGAGUCAGUGGCUUUAGUAACUGUGGAGGUGGAAUCACUAAAGCUCAAGUUACCUGUACAAGGAGUCAGUCAGCGUCCAAAAAAGCGCUGAAAAGAUUGUCCGAACAUAAAAAAGAUUUUUUUUACCGUUUGCGGUUAGCUUUGUGCUUUGCAAGGAAAAAACAGCUAAGUGGCGGGAAGCGUGUGAUACACGGGCCAACGGGAACGCCAGGUCGCGCGCUGACAUAUAUAAACAGUGAAGUGUCGGUUGAGUCAGAUAAUAUUUCUAUUAAAUCCACCGUCUGUGGUGAAUCAGUAGAUAAAACUCCACCUGCCCAGCUAGAUCCAAAAUACGAUCAAAAACCUGGCACUCCAGAUUACUUAAGGCAAGAAAAACCUCGUCGAGGAAGGAAACCGAAGAAACUCUUUAUUGAUCAUUUUGGUGGGUCUGAUGGACAGGUGAAAACUACCAUCAAGACGGAAGUCCGGAGAGCCCAUGCAAGUAAAGCCAGACCCACUAUAUCUGGACGAACACCAAGUGAUCCUCCAUCUGGAGCUACAGGCAGCACAUACAUUUCAGACACAGCAGAGACUCCAGAUGGAUCUGUAAAGGAAUGGGAUGCUUGCCUUGCAAGGAAUCCAGACUGCGAGAGGAUGAGACAGACCGAUGUUGAAGGAACUGCCUCGGUACUCCCACGUUGUGAUGAUAACGGUCCUGUUGUGUGUUUCUGUGAAAAAGACAAGACCUGUCCAAUGAAAAACAUCUCUGAAAGUCCUUCCAGCCCAGUGCGUCGUGUAUCACCUUUAAUACUCAGACGAGUUACUGUCAAUGGUUUUGGUUUCAGAGAUGAAAAUGAGAACGGUGGUCUUUCACUGGAUGAAGAAGAGGAGGAGGAGGAGGAUGACAGUAGAAAUGAGGAUUCUGAUAGUGAAGUGAACUCACCUGAGAGUUUCUCCUGCCAGCGAACACAAGCCUACAUAUUUUUCCCUCAAUCAUCAUGCGCUCGCACAUGCAAAAUCUGGCCCUUCCCCAGAAUGGGACCUCCUAACGAACUUAGACCAUUGCAUCGAACUGGACCCCGGUGGAUUGUCACCACUUCAUUUCCUGCCACCGCUCAGACUUCUCUCGGAGAAGAACCUGAAUGCUUAUCAGAUACGGAUGUUCAAAACAAACUUUCCAAACCCACAAAGCAAAGCAAGAGCACUGAUGAAGCAAGAGAAGUACUGGAGGGGCAACUACUUUCUUCUGCACCAGGUGAGAAGGCACCCACUGACAUGUUAGGAGUGUUGGAAAGGACUUUGGAAGAUCGAGCAGAAAGUCUUAACAAUCCAAGAGGUACAUUGACUCAAGAUAUAUUUCAUAUUUCGAAACUUGCAGACCACAACACUUGUAGUGCUUUGGGUGAAAAGCCACCCACUUGCACACUGGAAAGGACUUGGAAAUGUCUAUUAGACAGUCCAAGACUCAUACUGACUCAUGUUUCCAAACCUGCAGAGCUUGAGUCAAACCAAAGUCUGAAGAAUGCUUUUGAGGAUGCUCUUGAGUACUCUGCAUCUGUAGCGACUGAACAGGUUAACAACUACAAACUUAAUGGUCAUGGCUAUGCAGCAUCUUUAGAGGGGAAUGGUCUUGUAAAAAAUCAUCCCCUCCUCAAGAAGUCUAAUCAAAAAGUGCUUUCAAGUGGGUCCACAAAUCAGUCUGAUGUUCCUGUCAACAGGCAAGAACAUGGAAAAGAUUCGUUGGAUCCCAAACCUGUUAUCCAAACCUCAAGAGCACCAUCCUUUGAGGAUCAAGAGGGGAACAAAAAUGGUGGUAGACAAACUCUGUAUAAUCCAGGGUCACUCUCGGAAAUGUGUCUUAAAGUAAAAAUGUUAAAAGCACAGCAUUCUUCUUUAGUGACAACCUCUUCCUCUGUGGACCAGGAUACCAAAAGUGUUACUCCAAAUUCUGUUGCACGUACACCCGACGGCAACCCUGACUGUUCAGGAGAAGGGAAAAGAAUGCAAGUAUUUGACAGCUACACAAUCACAGACUCUUCUGAAGAUGAAAACAAGAAUGUCACUAGUCUGUCUUCAGAUGAGGAGUCAGUGGAACAUCAUGCUGCUGAGAUCUUGUGGUCUGAUGAUGAUGAUGGGACAUGUCAGAUUAAAAAUAAAGAGCAAGGCUCCACCCCUCCAUCAUCUAAAGUGGUUGCCGACAGCUUUCUGGAUGUUUCUCGAGCAUAUGAAGAAGACGUUCUUAUACUGGAUGUGAUACAGGAUGAUCCAGAGUUGUUCGGGGCUGUUGUCACUGAAACUGUGAGUAAACAAGAUGCGUUGACAGAAGAGAAUGAAGAGACACAGCUAAAGACAGAGUCAAAACUUCAAACGACGAAUCACUGCAAGAUUGUCUGGGAUCUAAAGACAGAUUGUAUCAGCAAAUAUCAUUCAACUGCUGCAGAAGCCAAGAUGGAAAAUAUGGAAGAUGGUGGUUCUGUGACAGUAAAGGAGACACAGAGUUACAGAGAUCAGCCUUCCCAGGGUAUGAAUACUUUAAAGUUAGAGAAUGCCACAGACUGCAAUAACAACCAAGAGAUGAGAGAUACAAACAAUCUGAAUGCUCUUACAGUAAUAAACACAAGAGCGACAAGACUUGUAAUGGACACUUGCCGUAAUGAAUGUGAAAUGACUGCAAAAGUUGAGACUUCUGCUUUGAGAGCUUUAAACGGCAGUUAUUGUUGGUACUACUUUAGUGAAUAUAGCACCUGCCUACGAAGUACCUGUUGGUUCCUGCACAUACCAAGAGAUGGAGAUGAAAAGUUCUGCAUGGAUACAGUGAAGAAGUUCUGUCAUGUUGGUAAACAUGCUCUUAUUCUACGAGCAGUGGAAGUGUUUAUGGGAUAUUACAAUAAAUGUUCACCCAGCGUGAGUUUCAGCCAGGAGGUAGUCAAUUCUCUGCUCUCAUCUCUCCUUAAUAUGUGUUUGCUGAGAGAAUUUGAGGCAGUCAUUAACUUGCUUCUUGCACACAAGAGGCUGCCUCCAGCUGAGAUUAUGUUGGCUGUUUUUAAACUUGUGAGAGAAAGAGGUCUGAUCAACACUGUACCUGAGCUCAUUCUCCUCACCUCGAAGAUUGUCGAGGCAGGAUGUGUAUUCAGUGUGGAUCAGUGUGAGGUCAUGCAGAAUCAUCUCCAAAUGAUGCAGGUUCCUAGACAGCAGAUGGACAUUUUCCUUGCUGUUAAAUGCAGAGCUCUUGUGACUAACCCUCAUACCUCUGAGCUGUCAAAUCUGGCCCAGGCUGUUGUUAGAGUUGAGAUGCUGAAACAUCAGGAUGACUGGGCUGAACUGGCAUUAGUAUUCUGCGGUGUUUGUGUGGGUUCACACAGUCCCACGGAACUUCUCAGGUUCUGCUGCUGCGUUACCAUGGCACUGCUGAAAGAACCCAAAGACAAACUCGUCCUACCAUAUGAGCUGUUUGCUGAAUCAGUGUGUCAGCAAGCCUCGUCUAAUGAAAUGAUCAAAACCAUCCUGGGGAGAAUUGGAGUCUCUCUGAUCUUCAGGUACCACAGGACACAAGAGUGGAAUAAGGGAGUAAAGCUGGUCAGUGUGAUGUUCAGACUGCACAUCGAGUUCAUCACUCUGAAGGGGAUUAUGGGGAAUGAACACAGGGUGUCUCGCUGUCAGCUGGUCACUAUGGCAACAGAGCUCUUCCUUCACAGCGGGAGUAUUGAGGGAGCUUUGAAAAUGCUGAGAGCUGAUGGUUGGUUUGUGAGCUCAAGCAUGUGGCCUUGUGAGCAGGCUGACAUAGAAAGUCGAAAACAUGUCCUGACUCUCUUAGCUGGGAAGACAUCACACAGAGACACCUUUGAGAUUCUUACCAACUUACCCGGACUCAGACAACCAAUAAAUGGUGUGCAGAUAAACGACUAUACUGAAAUGUUCAGUGCUCAUCUGCGUCUGUGUGUGAUAAAGCAGACAUUACCAGUUGCAGCAGAUAUUGUCGAGUUUAUGCUAAUACAGGGUAUGGUGCCUGAAACUCUUCAGCUACAAAACCUCAUCCAUAAACUCGGCAAGCAGAACAACUGGAGCCGUGCCAGGGCCCUUUUUAAACGUGCACGGUCAGCAGGGUUUUACUCUGCAGUGGUAUGUGAAAGAGACGGUUUGUUUCUGCCAUGUAGUCUCAGUGAAAUUGAGAUGACGCUGGCCUUUGAGAUGUUCAUCACCAUUAUUAAUGCCAACCUACUGGCCCCUGCUGGAUCCUCCCAGCCACUUCUCAUUACACUCAGACGGCAUGCUGGUGUCGAGGAUGUAACGGAGAGCGUGUACUUGGCGGCUGGUUGUCGGCUCCUCUCUGCGGCUCUCAUACCAAACCCCAAAUUGAGCAUCCGCUACACAGCUGUCAAUCAAAGCCAAGAGCAGCUGUUUCAACUGGACCGUGCGUCUGCUCACAAAUGGUUUCUACAGAAUGAGCGGUGGGCACAAGAGAUUUGGGCAAGCUAGCGCACACACACAAGCUUGCAAACAGUCCCAGAUGUAACAGACGUCUCAAAGUCUAAUCAGAGGUUAAUUCAUGUGUUCCGGACUUUUGAAACUGACACUUUUUGAAAUAUGUUGCACAAUUUUUUUUUUUUUUUUUUUUUUUUUUUUUUUUUUUUUUUGUGGUGAUUGUGUAUAUAUUUCAUUGUUUAAAAUGUUGUGAAACAAGACUGUUUUGUUUUUGAAAAAAAAAAAAAAAAAAAAUUUCAUAAUAUUUAGUUUUCAUGUUCUUAACAAUUUAUUAAUUACUAAAACUUGAAUCCAGAGAUUUACAUCUGAAGCUACAAACUCCUGUGAAAAGAACAGUUUUGACAAAACAGUUACUUUCACUGUUACCAUUUGUCUUGCCAAUUAGAAAUUGUCAAAUACAUUUUGUGAUUAGUGUAAAAACUUUUGACCGCAGUAGCUCAGAAAGGCAAUAAUAUGAAAGACAUUUCAUCAUUGGAUACAAUUUUGUCUAGUUCUGUGAUGUGCAUGUUUAAGUUUGUUCAGUUUAACUGAAAAAUUAUUACAAAUAAAUAGAAAAUAAUACAAUACCAAUCUAAAGUCAGUUGCUUUUUAUUAUAUUUUCACCACAUUUUUGCACACAGACAAAUCAAUGUUUAUUUUGUUUUUCAGAAUCUUGAAUGAGAAUAUGUUGCUGUAAAAGGCAAAGUACAACACUUUAUUUGAUGGAAUUUAACCAUGACCCAUGUGUGUCUGUGUGGAACGUUUCUUUCUUUUUGCUAAUGAGUGGUAAAAUGGGUGUCAGAUAUGUAAAGACAAUAAAUAGGAAACAUUUGCUAUGUAAAAAUCAUGCUGGAAAUUUCUUGAAAAACAACUGUUGUAAAAAAAAAAAAAAAAAAAAAAAAUGUCAAAUCCAUAUUGGCUCGCUCUCAACAAAUUUCCAUUUAAAAGCAACUUUUUUUUCCACUCAAAAAAGAAUGAAUGGGGUAAACUGCAGGGAAGUACAUUGUUUUCUAAUAUAGUCUAUUUCUAUUUUCUGAUUUUUUUUUUUUUUUUUUUUUUUUUAA